UCUGUGAAUUUCUUAGACGAAUUUUGAUUAGGGAAUUAUAUAACAGAAAGUUACAAGUUUGUUGAUUAUAAAGUAUAAUAAAACUUAUUUAAGUUAUGCACACGGAUUUGUCACCCCAUUUACACACCGAUGAGUGUAAUAUUUUUAUCAAAAAAUUAGUAGAUUGCCACUUAAAUCAUCCAUUUCGUAAAUUUAUAGGUUAUUGCAAUGAUUAUGAUCGCGACAUGAGGAAAUGUUUGAAAGCUGAAAGACUUCAGAGACAAAAAGCUAAUCUAGAUGAAUCUAGACAACGCCACGCCAAUAUUCGAGCACGAAUUUUAGCCCAGAGCGCAGCAGCCAACUGAUAUAUAUUUAAAUUAGAAAACUUA